GCCCAAGUUCUCACCCAUAAGCCCUACCGUCCUCCCCUCUGCAUCUUCUUCUUCCCCUCUCCAAACCCUAAACUCACUCUUCUCCUUUUGCGGCGGCCGCAGCUUCAUUUUGACGGUUGAACCUCUGCGAUCCUUUCGAGAAAAUGGCACCCAAGAAGGAUAAGGCUCCACCUCCGUCUUCUAAGCCAGCCAAAUCUGGUGGAGGGAAGCAGAAGAAGAAGAAAUGGAGCAAGGGUAAGCAAAAGGAGAAGGUGAACAACAUGGUUUUGUUCGAUCAAGCCUCCUAUGACAAGCUUCUUUCUGAGGUUCCCAAGUACAAGCUUGUCACUCCUUCAAUCUUGUCUGACAGAUUGAGGAUCAAUGGAUCUCUGGCACGUCGGGCCAUCAAGGAUUUGAUGGCAAGAGGAGCUAUCAGGAUGAUUUCUGCUCAUGCUAGCCAGCAGAUUUACACAAGAGCCACCAACACCUAGGAGAAAAUGAAUUAGUCUGCAUUUUGUUUUUAACUCAAUAGGAUGUUUCUCAUUUUCCGAGAUGCCAACUUUAUCUUUGCCUUUUCAUUUUCUUUACUUGUGACCUUUAAAGAUUGUUUACGCCUUUACAGUCAGUGAUGCUCUGUUUUUUGGCUACCAAUCGAACUGGAUACAAUAAUGAGAACGAGUCAUUUUGGCUUCUUACCCGGGUUCCUUCCUUCACUGGAGCAGACAAUAGUGAUGCUUUUUAAUGGGUGACAGCUUAAUUUGAACUAGCCUUAAUAUAAUUAACUUAAUUUGAGCCAGUGUUAAUAUUAUUUUAUACCAAGUUGAUUCAUGUGA